AGGUGAUCAUAGGCGUCUCUUGAAUAAUACACCCCAUUCAAGAGGGGCCUAAUAAUAAUAAUAAUGGGGUCCGGAGAAAAGAACAUAAGGGUCGCCGGCGCCGUUGCCGUUGCCGGCGUCGCUUACAUUCUCAUGGUGGCUUGCUGCGUCUCCGGUCUCCCUGGUUUAUUGUUCAACGACGACGAAGGCCCCAUUGACGGCGUCGUUUCUGGUUCCGGCGGCGGGAUAUUAUCCCCAAGAAAUCUGGAUGAUAGAAUCAACGGCUUGAUUUCCGCGGCAACAAAGUCGACGAAAACCAUUUGCGCCCCGACGGAUUACAAGGAAACCUGCGAGAGGAGCCUCGCCGGCGUUACCAACAUUCACGACCCAAGGGAGCUUAUCAAGGCGGCGUUCACGACGGCGGUGGAGAACAUCAACAACGCCAUUACCAAGUCGUCUGAGCUUUUCAAGGAGGAUGCCGACAAGGAUCCCCGAAUCUCCGGCGCGCUCGACACGUGCAAGGCGGUGCUACACCACUCCGUUGAUGACCUCACGAGGUGUUUCGACAAGGCCGAGGAUUUCCAACUCACGAAAAUCAAAGAUUACGCUAACGACAUCAGGGUUUGGCUCAGCGGCGCCAUCACCCUCCAGCAAACCUGCAUAGAUGCGUUCCAGAACACCACCGGGAACACCGGCGAGACAAUGAAACACCUCCUUAAAAUCCCCGGAGAAUUAACCAGCGAUGGCCUGGCUAUGAUUACUCACUUCACCGACCUCCUCCAUACCGUCAAAAUCCCUGGCCUCCACCAUGGCCUCAAUCAUAGGUUGUUAGAAGCUGAGGGUGAGUUUCCGCACGACGGCGCGUGCGCCACGCGCCGUCUCCUCACUGCCGAUCCGGCUUCCAUUAAACCCGACAUUGUGGUUGCCAAGGACGGGAGUGGACAAUAUAAGACCAUCAACGACGCUCUUUCCGCUGUCCCGACCCAAAACAACCGCACUUUCGUCAUCUUCAUCAAGGCGGGGGUGUACAAUGAAUACGUGGUGGUCCCGAGGAAUAUGAACAAGAUUGUUUUCCUGGGAGAGGGUCCAACAAAGACAAGAAUCACCGGAAACAAGAAUUACAAAGACGGGACGGGCACUUACCAGACCGCCACCGUGGCUAUUGAAGGAGACGGAUUCAUGGCCCGGGACAUCGGAUUCGAGAACUCGGCGGGGCCGGAGAAGCACCAAGCCGUGGCCCUUCGGGUCACGGCUGAUAUGACCAUGUUCUACAACUGCCAUAUCGACGCCUACCAAGACACCCUCUACACCCACGCCUACCGCCAGUACUACCGCGACUGCACCAUCACCGGCACCAUCGACUUCAUCUUCGGCGACGGUGCCGCCGUGUUCCAGAACUGCAAGAUGGUGGUGAGGAAGCCAUUGGAGAACCAGGCGUGCAUGGUGACUGCGCAAGGGAGGAUAGAGCACAACGAAGUCGGCGGCAUCGUCCUCCAGAACUGCUCCAUCCUCCCGGACCCCGCCCUGGAGGGUUUGAACCCGCCGGCCAAAGUGUACCUCGGGCGGCCGUGGAAGGAGUUCUCCAGGACGGUCGUCAUGCAGUCUUACAUUGACGGUUUCGUCGCCCCCGAAGGGUGGGCUCCCUGGGAUGGGGAGUUUGCACUGGAUACCCUCUGGUACGCGGAGUAUGAAAACCGCGGCCCCGGAGCUUCAACCGUGGGUAGGGUGAACUGGAAGGGUUACAAGAAGGAUAUUAGUGCGGAGAUUGCUCAGCAGUUUACUCCUGGAGUGUACGUGGAGGGUGAUGAAUGGAUCAAGCCCAGUGGUAUCCCCUACGAAUCUGGGAUGAUGCAGGUUUGCGCAUGGCAAAAUUAUAACUAAAAAGAAGAGUCAUAUAUUUGACGGUUUUAAAAAUUACGCUUAUACUUU